UUGAAUUGAAAUGUCGACUGCAAACAAAGACUUCAAUCAGAUCAAUCAUUCUUUUCUUUACACAACAUCCUAAAUUAGUAAAUUUUGUUAGCUUUCACAAAAAAAUGGCUGAAAUAGUUCUUUCUGUGUUGCUCCCUGUCGUUUUUGAGAAGCUGGCUUCUGCAGCUAUGAACAAGUUUGCUGAUCGCUCCAAGGAAAUUCAUACAGAGCUCAAAAAAUGGAGAACGUCCUUACGCCAGAUCAGAAAGCUUCUUAAUGAUGCUGCCCAGAAAGAGAUAACAGACGAAAGCGUUAAGGAUUGGCUGAAUCGUCUCCAGCAUUUGGCUUAUGAUAUAGACGAUGAACUAGACGGUUUAGCAACUGAUGCUAUGCAUCGUGAGCUCACCGAUCAGGAACCUGCAAGAAACAUAACCAGCAAGGAACCUGCACUACUAGUGCUUUCUCAUCAACUAGAAAUCGCUUAAAUGAUAUUACCGCCAAGUUACAAGAACUGUAUGAUGAAAAAGAUAAUCUUGGUUUGACUGUGAAAGAUAAAAGGUCGUCACGAGAUAUUAACAAUAGAAAUUACCAGAAGUUAGCUGAUCAAGAACCAAUAGUUAAUCAAAAAAACUUUAGCAUCGUGCCCAUUGUGGGUAUGCGUGGGAUCGGAAAAACCACUCUUGCUAGACUUUUAUAUAACGAGCCAAAGGUCAACCAACACUUUGAACUCAAGGCAUGGGUUUGUGUCUCAGAUGAGUUUGAUUGCUUCAAUAUAAGCAAAGUUAUCUUUGAAGCUACAGCAAGUGAAGAAAAGAAAGAGAAGAAAUUCACAGAUCUAAAUUUGUUUCAAGAAGCUCUUAGAGAUCAACAUACAGGGAAAUGAUUUCUACUAGUU